UCUGAAACCGCGACUCUGAGUCUUCGACGUCUUCGUUCCUCUUUAGCUCAAAUCCAAAUCCUCACUCCCCAUAUUUCCUCUUAACGUCAGUCAAUCAAUCAAUCCCUUAUCAUUUCCCUCCAAUCACUCCAAAUCUCAAUCACCUUUCAUCACCAAUCCAAUCCUCCAUUCUCUCUCUCCCUGCUAUUGAUUUCAGAAGAAAGAAGAUGUAUUAAUUUUUGAAUCGGGAGGCUAAUUCUUCAAGUCUGGAACUGCAGGUAUUUCGCCAUACAAGAGUUUCCUAAAUUGGGUGAUGGGAGAAUGAAAUGGAGUAAAAUGCAAGAUUUGAUUGGUUAUGAUGGGAACAAUCAGUUAUGUUGCCGUACAAGGUUUUCUUGAAGAGAAUCUUGAACUGCAAAUGAGAUGUCUUCCAAUAAGAGUUCAUCUCAACACUUAAAGGAUGCUGGAUUGCAGAGUCAAAUUGCUGAUGCUGUGAACAGGCAUAACUUUGAAGCACAUCGUUCUCCGAAAAGUUUAAGGGAUGACAGUGAUGUUCAUCAUAAAGAUCAAGAAGCUACGGAACUUUAUUCCCGAGCCAGAGCGCAGGAAGAAGAGAUCCAAUUUCUUCGUGGGCAAGUCACUGUUGCCUGUGUGAAGGAAUUGCGGCUGUUGAAUGAGAAGUAUGCAUUGGAGAAGAAAUUCGCUGACUUACGAAUGGCAAUUGAUGAGAAGCAGAAUGAAGCCACUACUUCUGCAUUAAAUGAGUUGGCCCGCAGAAAAGCUGAUCUUGAAGAAAACUUGAAAUUAACUCACGAUUUGAAGGCUGCAGAUGAUGAGAGAUAUGUCUUCAUGUCAUCCAUGCUUGGGUUAUUGGCUGAAUAUGGUAUUUGGCCCCAUGUCAUAAAUGCUUCUGCCAUAUCCAACAGUUUAAAGCAUCUGCAUGAUGAAUUGCAGUGGAAGAUUAGAACUUCACAUGAACAGCAACGUUUUGAUCGUUAUACUGAUGCUCAACAUCUGGAGCCUACUGCAAACUUGCAGCCGUACAGGAAUGAUUUUACAGACACGAAAAAUUUGAUGCUAAUUAAUAAAGAAAAUCCACAACAGUUCACAUCCAAUAUAGAUAGUAAUACAACUCACAGGAAUAUGGAUGGCUUUAUUCUGCAUUAUUCAGUUGAUAAAGAUGUUGUGAAUGGGAGAGCUGAACAAAUGACCAAUGGCACCUCAUAUCUUCACACACCUGAGAAUACAUCCUCUAUUUCGCAAGGGCCUGGCAUAGAUAAUUUUCAGAUAAUUGGUGAUGCUGUACCGGGAGGCAAACUUCUUGGAUGUGGAUUUCCAGUACGGGGGACCUCACUUUGCAUGUUUCAGUGGGUUCGUCAUCUUCAAGAUGGCACCAGGGAGGUUAUUGAAGGAGCUACAAAUCCAGAAUAUGUAGUUACAGCUGACGAUGUUGAUAAAAUUAUUGCUGUUGACUGCAUACCAAUGGAUGACCAAGGCCGCCAGGGGGAACUAGUGAGGCUUUUUGCUAAUGAUCAGAACAAAAUUAAAUGUGACCCGGAGAUGCAGCGGGAGAUUGACACAUAUAUUUCUAGAGGACAAGCCACUUUUAGUGUUCGACUACUGAUGGAUUCUGCUGAGAAUUGGGAGCCAGCAACUUUAUAUCUGGGAAGGUCAGGCUAUCGGAUCAAGAUCGAUAGCACAGAAGCUGUUGUUAUUGCAGAGAAAUUCUCAAAUGAUUUAUCAAUCAAAGUUCCUUGUGGCCUCUCAACUCAAUUUGUGAUGACAUGUUCUGAUGGAUCUUCUCAUCCUUUCAACACACAGAGUGUUUGGAUGCGCGAUACUCUUGUGUUGACGAUGAGAAUGCUACAAAGCAAGCUUAUUGAUGAAAGAUUGUGUUAUGCUCAAGAAAGCAAAACGCGUAGCAAGUUGCAAUUGACAUCUCAAGCUUGAAGUAAAAAGAGAUCUCCGAAACAUAUUGUCUAAUGUUAGUUUAACUUGUUUAUGUGGGACCACAUUGAAACUUAGUCGCUGAAGCAAAUGGAAAAUUUUCAAUAAUCAUUUUCUGAUUUUAGUUGUCCAUCCAGAUCAUUCACUUGAGCAAAGAGGGGGCUAUUUUUUAUGUAUCUUUCAAAAUCAAAAGAAGACAUAAAGAGAUUAGAAUGAUGCCUCCCUAUAUAUUGAAAAGAAUCUAUAAUACACACAUCCAUAUAGUGAUUCUCUCCUGCCAGACAGUGAAGUUGUUGAGUUGUAAUACUGUUAAUCCAGGUCGUUCGUUAGGUGAAGUCACAUCUAAAUGUGUUUUGAGAUCUGUUUGAUCCCCAGUUGUAUGGAAAAAGUGAAUCUGUAAGUCGAUUUAUACUUGUA